AUGGCGGCUUGCAUUACUAAUUGUUUGCUUGAAUGGGGUUUGGAUAAUGUGUUUACUAUUACAGUUGAUAAUGCUAGUUCUAAUGAUGUUACUGUGAAAGAAAUGUCUAAACAAUUGAGUAAUUGGGGAACUAACAUUAUGGAUGGUGACCAUCUUCAUGUGAGGUGUAUGGCACAUAUCCUUAAUCUUAUUGUGCAAGAUGGGUUGAAGGAAAUUGGUAAGUCUGUCAAGCUAGUGAGACAAGCGGUGAAGUACAUUAAACAAUCUCCCGCAAGACUUAGAAAGUUCAAAGAAUGUUGUGAAUCUCAAUUGAUAACUUGUAAGAAAUCAUUGUGUUUAGAUGUUCCUACUAGGUGGAACUCUACAUAUUCGAUGCUUGAUGUAGCACAACAUUUUGAGUUUUCAUUUGAGAGAUAUAGUUUUUAUGAUAUUGGAUACUUGAAUCAUUUUCGUACCUUUGGUUCUGUUUCUUCUGAAGAUGAAAAUGGAACUAGUGAUGUAGAUGGAACUAGUGCAAAUAUUAUUACAAGUGAUAUUCUUACAAGUGCUGACUGGAAAAAUGUGAGGUCAAUGGUGAAAUUUCUUGAAACCUUUUAUGUACUUACUUUGAAGGUCUCUGGUUCUAAUUAUGUCACUAGCAAUACACACUUUGUUGAAAUUGCUGAACUUAAUCUUAUUUUGAAAGAGAUGAUGGAAAAUGAAGAUGGUAAUUUGAAAGAAAUGGCGAAAAGUAUGAAUGAAAAGUUCAAAAAGUAUUGGGGUGAACCACAUAAAAUGAACAACAUGAUCUUUAUUUCAUCCGUGUUGGAUCCCCGUAACAAGCUUGAUUAUGUUCCAUUUGCAAUUGUGGAUAUGUUUGGAAAAGAAGUAGGGGACAAGCUAUGUUCAGAAGUGAAAAAAUACAUGAAAAAAUUGUUUGAUUAUUAUGUUAAGAAAUCCUCAAAAAGCUCUUCACAUGUACCAUCUUCACCCACUUCUUCUGGCAACUCAUCAAGUAUAUCUAGUGUGAAUGGUUGUGGCAACUUUGUAAAUAGAGGAAGAAUGAGAACGAAACAACAAUUUGAGAAGCAUAAAGAAGUUAGUGGAAGUUCAGGUAGUAAAUCAGAAUUGGAAAGAUAUCUUACUGAAGAUAUUGAGCCAGAUAGUAAUGAAUUUGAUAUAUUAAUGUGGUGGAAAGUUAAUGAGCCGAGAUUUCCUAUUCUCGCGGAGAUGGUUCGUGAUGUGUUAGCCAUUCCCAUUUCAAGUGUCGCAUCAGAAUGUGCAUUCAGCACAGGAGGUCGUGUUCUUGAUCCCUUUAGGAGUUCAUUAACUCCUAAACUUGUGCAAUCUCUUAUAUGUGUUCAAGAUUGGCUUAGAAGUGAGCCUUUUCCAAUCAAUAUUGAGGAAGAUUUAGAGUAUCUUGAGCAACUUGAACUUGAUUUUGCUUGUAGUGGGACUGAAUCUAGUAUUAUUGAUAUAUAGUUGCAACUUGUAAGUUCAACUAUCAACUAGUGAUGUGUGGUAACGGGUAAGUAAAUAACUUAUUUACAUAACUUGCUUGAUAGUUUUAUAUAUUUUAUUAU